AUGUCGCUGGCAGCUGCAUGGAGGCGAUUGGCCUAUGUUGCAGGGGGCGCGUCGGCGGGCUUCUUGGCAUCAUACAGGCAUGACUUCAAGCAGCUGGAGUUCGAUGUGGCAGCGCUGUCAGGGCCUGCAUUGCGAUUCCUGGACGGCGAGACAGCGCACAAUGUAGCCAUCUGGGCGGCGGCACAUGGCUUGCUGCCCAAGGAGACCCGUCCAGACCCCCCCAGCCUCAGAACGACCGUGUGGGACCGGGACUUCCCAAACCCGCUUGGCCUGGCAGCUGGGUUCGACAAGAGUGCAGAGGGGCCUGAGGCCCUCUUAAACCUAGGAUUUGGGUUUGUCGAGAUUGGCUCGGUCACUCCGCUCCCUCAGCCCGGAAAUGCAAAGCCUCGGGUCUUCAGGAUAGAGGAGGAGGGGGCUGUGAUCAAUCGAUAUGGGUUCAACAAUGACGGCGUGGACGCCGUCCGCCAGCGGCUGAAGACCUUCCGCAACCGGCAAGAUGACCCCAGCACCAGCACCCCUGCGGGCCUGCUGGGCGUCAACCUGGGCAAGAACAAGGCCACCGAGGACGCCGCCGCCGACUACUGCAUCGGGGUGGCCAAGCUGGCACGCCUUGCCGACUACCUGGUCAUCAACGUGUCGUCGCCCAACACACCUGGCCUGCGCGCCCUCCAGGGCAGGCGGGAGCUGCAGUCCUUGGUCCGGCGGGUCAAGGCCGAGCGGGAUGCCCUGGCCUGGCACGGGAAGCCCGCCCCGCCGCUGCUCAUCAAGAUCGCGCCCGACCUCACGGCGGAGGAUCUGGGGGACAUUGCCGCCGUGGCGCUGUCCGAGGGCGUUGAUGGCCUGGUGGUCUCCAACACCACCCUGGAGCGCCCGCCAGGCGUCGCGGCGCACCCCGCCGGCGCCGAGGCCGGCGGAUUGAGCGGGGCACCCCUCUUCGAGCGCAGCACGGCGGUGCUGGGGCAGUUGUACCGCCUCACCCACGGCCGCCUGCCCCUGAUCGGCGUGGGCGGCGUGUCUACGGGGGAGCAGGCCUACCGCAAGAUCCGCGCGGGGGCCUCCCUGGUGCAGCUGUACACGUCGCUAGCGUUGAGCGGGCCGGCGCUGGUGCGGCGCGUGAAGCUGGAGCUGGCCGCCUGCCUCGCCCGCGACGGCUUCAAGUCCGUCGCUGAUGCGGUGGGCGCCGACCAUCGCAGGGACGCGCAGGGUAGAAGGGCUUGA